CCUGUUGGGCCUACUGUGUGCCCGCCUCCACCCGCGGGACACUUCUUCCUUAGGCCUCCCUCCCAGGUCUUCUGAGGCUCUGCCCGCCUUGUCUUCCUCUCUCUGGGCCGGCCCCGCUGCUUCCCCUCCCCCUCCCGUUCCCAGACUCCCUCCCCUGCUCCGGCGGCAGCCGCAGGCCCUCCCUGGGUGCCAGCCCUGCUCAGAGGCCAGGGGAGCCCUGGACCGCGCAGUCUUCUGGAACCCUCCUCUUGAGCCGAGACACAGGAGGCAGCAGCUCCAGUGGAGGCCGCGGGCUGGGUCCCCAGACUGAUGGCGGGGAAUGAGGGGUCUUAAGGAGGGACAUGGAGCCUCUACAAGCCUGGGAGCCACCCCGCUGGAGCCUGGAGCCCACGGUCGAUGCCCUGAGUCUUACCCUGGUGCUUGUUUUCCUGGGAUGCCCCCCCUGUGCCCGGGCGAUGACCUCGUGCAAACUGGACGAGUACCCGGUGGGGGACUACUGUUGCCCCAAGUGCCGCCCAGGUUACCGGGUGAAGGAGGCCUGUAGGGGUUCCAGGACCACGCUGUGUGCAGCCUGCACUGAGGGGACCUUCACUGCCCACCUCAAUGGCCUGAACGAGUGUCUACAGUGUCGUGUCUGUGACCCAGACAUGGGCCUGGUGAUCAGGCAGAAGUGCUCCAGCACGGCCAACACCCUGUGCGGCUGCGCCCGGGGCCACUUCUGCGUGUCCGACGCGGACCAGUGCGCUGAAUGCAGGCCCCACAGCGUCUGCAAGCCAGGCCAGAGGGUGCAGGAGGCAGGCACCGAGCACCGGGACACUGUGUGCGAGGACUGUCCGCCCGGCACCUUCUCUCCCAACGGGACCCUGGCGGCCUGCCUGCCCUGGACCCAGUGCAGCCAGGCGUUUCAGAUGCAGGCCAAGCCUGGGACCAACAGCACAGACGCCACGUGCUCCUCCCUGGUGCCUUGGCUCCUCCUGGUGUCCAUCCUGUUCAUCCUCUUCGGGGCAGGUGUAUUCGUGUUCGUGAGAAAGCGUCCGUGUGGAGGGUCGGCCCACAAGCGGUGUCUUUCUCAGGGCAACAGACAGCAAGCAGAAGGCCGUGCCGCCGCGGUCCAAAUCCAGGGGGUCACCCAGAUCCUGCCAGAUGUCACCACGGUGGCGGUGGAGGAGACAGCGUCCAUGUUCCCUAAGGGAGACCCAAGUGACCAUCAGUGGCUGCAGGGUGCAGCCACUUGAGCCACCCCCAGCACCUGCUGACAGCUGCCAGCCCCCGAGGGCCAAGUGCGGGGCCACUGGGACCCCGUGCUGGGCAGCCAGCCACGGCAGGCAGCAGACGACGCCUGUGCAGCCCGGGGGCACUGGGGACCACAAGCACCUGCCCAUCAUUCUUGUGAGGGGCCCUGAGCCCUCCCCUCACCCCUGUGCUGUAUGGACGCCCCCACGGGACACUCUUGGUACCUAACGGGCCAGCCCCGCCCCAUGCCCCUCAGCUGCAGGGUGGGCCGGCAGGCACCUCCUUGAAAGGUGUUUCCAAGUCCAGGUGUGUCUCAUUUUUUUUUUUUACUGUCCAUUAAAAGUUGGUAUGAUGCUU